AUGGAAGAAAAGACUUGGGAGAAUGCUGGACUGCUGCCGGUGGUGGAGCUUCAGUGGCACCUACCUAAGAAGCAGGCAACAUCGCCAAACUACGCCUUCAAGCCGAUCCUACACUACCAGACUGCACAAGCCUCACUCCAGAACAAGUCCACGACCUCCUCAUCACCUGCGUCUCUGCUCCCAGCUUCAGGUGAUGAUGGCACUCUAGCUCACACGGUACACCGCAAGCCAACACACACCGACAGAUACCUUCACAACUCUUCAUUCCAUCAUCUUCGCUUCAAGUCCGCUGUCUGCAACACCUUGGCCUGCCGGGCCUUCAACACCUGUGAGAAGGGCAGCUUGAAGCAGGAACUACACCACAUCAAGACAUCACCUCAACUCGACAGAUACAAGACAUUCAACCUCAGCAAACCCAAGACAAGCCUCAACCCAGAUGAACGACCAGAGUUCAAAGGCUGCAAUCACCCUCCCAUCGGCCACACUUCUCACAAUCUUCAACGUAUCUUUAGUCAAGCUCAAGUCAAGACCUUCCACAGAGCACCAAGCAAGAUUCAAGUAUCACUCCAUACACACAAGGAAAAGCAAGAUACUCAAGACAGAGCCGGCGUUUACCAUAUUCCCUGUGAUUGCGGUAUAGUACACAUCGGGGAAACCGGCCACAACAUCUCAACAAGAGUCAAAAAAUGGCCAACCAUGUUAAUAAGGUGA